CUAACAACGUCAACAGUGAUUGACGUGGUUUGCACGACCAGGAAGCCAGCAGUGACAUCACUUUCCAGAAUUCCCCCUCAACAGCGCAACGAAGAGAGACACAGCUGAAAAAUAAAGGAGUCUGCUGCUGUCUGUGAUCCCGAAGUGUUGAAGCUGAUUUUACAACCGAGAAAUUAAAGAUGUCCCUGUAUCCAUCCCUCGAGGACCUCAAGGUCGACAAGGUUAUCAAGGCCCAGGCCCAGUUUGCUCAGUCUGCCACCUCGAUGCCAGCCAUCGCUGAGGGAACCUAUCAGCCUCCGCCCGCCACUGCUGGGAUGCCAGGAUCAAGCUUGUACCCAAACCUAGAGGAGCUAGGAGACUAUAUGGGUCUGGCCCUCAACAGCGAUGAAGUUCAAAGGAACCUGGCUUUGAUGCCCGUGGCUGACAAUCAAGUGGCAGUGCCCUCCAUUUCAGGUGUCGGGGGAAUGGUGCGGCCUGUGACGGGGGCGGACGUUGGCAUCAGGAGGGCAGAGAUCCGCCCAGGGUUGCGGGAGAUUAUCCUCUGUAAGGACCAGGAAGGGAAGGUGGGGAUCCGGCUCAGGUCCAUCGACAAUGGAGUGUUUCUCCAGCUGGUGCAGGCCAACUCUCCCGCGGCCUUGGCCGGGCUGCGUUUUGGGGACCAGGUUCUUCAGAUCAACGGGCAGAACUGCGCCGGCUGGAGCACUGACAAGGCCCACAAGGCCCUGAAGGCUGCCGCAGAGACCCGCAUUGAGCUCGUGGUCAGGGACAGGCCAUUUCAGCGCACCGUCACCAUGCACAAAGACAGCUCAGGCCACGUGGGCUUUAUCUACAAGUCGGGUAAAAUCACCUCACUGGUCAAGGAUGGCUCUGCAGCCCGCAACGGCCUGCUGACUGAGCAUUUCAUCUGUGAAAUUAAUGGCCAAAACGUUAUUGGACUCAAGGAUUCUCAGAUCAAGGACAUUCUGAGCACCUCUCCGACUGCCAUGACCAUCACCAUCAUGCCCAAGUUCAUCUAUGAACACAUGGUUAAGAGGAUGUCAUCCGGUCUCCUGCGGUCAGCCAUGGAUCACUCUGUCCCGGAGGUGUGAAGACCAUGAGGACUGUAAACUGUCAGGAUGUCUACAAGACCGCGAUAUGUCUCUGUUUCUCUUUUCCUUACCCAUAUAUUUGUCUGUCUCUCUCUCUCUGUCUUCAUACCAAACCAGCUCCUGCGUCACAAUCAUGGUCGCCAUUUGUCAUCUUUAACAUAUUCUUAAAAUGCCAUUUUUAACUUUUCUUUCUUCUAUUUUUCAGUUCAGUAUAGUCUUUAAAGACCUUUUCUACAUACCCUCAUCUCCUUUGACAUGUCUAUUACUUUUUAAAUGCUAACCUUGUAGUCUAAGUAUUACAUCUUUAUUUUUCUUGUAUUUGAGGAAUAAGGACAGUACAUGUUUUUUGUUUUUUUUUAAAGCAUGCACACUGUCAUGAGUCCAGAGCUUCCUCCUCAUUGUGGAGAUGAAUACUUUGAACGUGUUUCAUCUUGUCAAAAUGCUGUAAAAUCCAACGGUCAGUCAUCAGAGCCCUACCAUGUAGAUUCCACGACUCCCAGCUCCCAGCCCCUGCACUCGGCCGCUAAUGCGUGCACGUGACUAAUCCGAGCUGAAGUAACAUCUGGGGCCACACAUGAGACACAAAGUUUGCUGACUGGAUUCUGGAUUCCAGUGUCUCUGUUACUUGGCCAGUAAAACUAAUAGGUUUUAGCAUAAGCGUUGUUUUUGGUUUAUACCAUACAUUGGUAAAAGAAAAUAGUGUAGAGAUUAUUUUAUUUUUGUAGAUCCCCAUCAUUUUCUAACAUAAGUGAGAGUUACAAAAUAGCGAGUAAGAGAUGGCUAGGUAUAAUAAUAAUCCCUACCCACAAUUACUGUCUGCAGGCUCUGAUGUGUUGAAUUUGUAGGUACUGGGAACACUGUGUGCACAUUCCGGGGGAAAGUGUAGGGAAAGAGGAAGCCCUAGAUGUUUGUUGGCCCAUGCAGCUGGAACUUAGCCCUGUCCACAAACACUAUAGGAGCUGUGAGAUGGGGAAGGCACAAGUAAGCAAGGUCACAGUGCAUCGAUGUGAUCAGCUAGCUGGAGAUUAGUUGAGAAAGGUGUCUGUUGGAUGGGAUUUUGUGCUUCUAACUAUAGUUUUCAAGAGAAUUGUUGGUGUUUGUCUGGACAGGGCCUGUGCUGGGCGGACCCACUAAGUGCACUUUCCACUACCUUUUAAAAGGUUGUCUUUCCUUUAUCCAUUUCAACAGUAAAGUUCAACAGUUGAGCUUUUUUAUUAUUGUUUGUGGUGCCUCUUGUUAAUGAGAGAACUCAUGAAAACAAUCUUGAUGCUGAGAGUCAACCACUCAAAUUGAAGGCAUUGGAUUUCCACAUCAUGAGUGCAGCCAUUGAACUUGCUCUCCUCUGCUAAGUGUUGUUAGAGGACGCCCCUCUGUAAUGAUCCUUCCAUGACUGAUGAGCACAAUGAGACUGAGCGGCGCUCACAGUCGUGAAUUUCUACUUGUUAUAUGAAGUUACUCCUUUUAAUGCUGUUCAUGUUUGGAUGCAUGUAUUCCUUUAAUUUUCUAGGUAUGAAAUCAGAUAAACAUCACUGUCAUUCUGUAAGAAAAUGCUAGAAAAAUCUUAAAGUUUAUAUACGAAUGUAACCAAGAUAAUAUUGUAAAACAAAUAAAAGAGUCUUUCUGUUCA